AUGUAUCCCACGAUGCCAGAUCAAACCUUCCGAAUCUUCACCUCCCCCCGCUACGACCCCCUCCUCCUGACCUGUCCCACCAACACCACCUACUCACACGACCCGUCCACUCCCUCCCCAUUGUACCUCCUGUCCCACCACCGUGACCGCAUGCUCUCCGCCGCAGAGCACUUCAAAUGGCCACCAUCCAUCACAGCCCCCCUCAGUGACCUCUCCCUCCUGCACAAAACCUGCCUCUCAGCAGUGCACUCCAGCGGCGACUCAAACACCGACUUUCGAGUCCGCCUCCUACUCUCCCCGGCCGGCGAACUGACCGCCGAAGCAGCGCCCAUACCUCAAGUCACUGACAUGGCCCGCUUCUUCCCAACCCAUUUGCCAGCGGAGGCUCUCGCCGGAUGGACCGUCGUGCUGGAUACCCUCCCGACAGAGGUAUCCAGCUUCACCAGCUUCAAAACUACCCAGCGGAAGGUGUACGAUGAUGCCAGGGUCCGAGGCGGGAUCGGCUCGUUUGCAGAGACAAAGGAGGUGCUCUUGUGGAAUGCGGAUGGGGAGGUCAUGGAAGGGUCACUAACGAAUGUCUUUUUUCAGCGCGGGGGGAGGUGGGUUACCCCGCCGCUUAGUAGCGGCGGGCAGGCAGGCACCGUUAGGAGAUAUUUGCUGGAGAAGGAGAUGGUGGUGGAAGAGGUUGUGAAGAUGGAGAAGGUUGUGCUUGGGGAGACUGUCUUGUUAAGUAACGGAGUGAAGGGGGUUUGGGCAGUUAAGGUUGCUCAAUAG